AUGGUGGCCCCCGACAUGCAACAUGUGCACCUCGUGCCAAAGCUGACCGCGAAGCCGCCCUUCUCCGUCGAGGUCCCCGGCCAACAGCCCGUCAAGGGCGAGACGCCCGUCCGCCGCCACCCUAUCGCUAAGGACGAGCUGUACGUCAAGCCCGCGCCCGACAUCUCCACCGUCUACGAGCUCGUCAAGGCCUCGGUCGCGAAGUAUGGCAACGCAAAGUGCAUGGGCUCGCGCAAGCUGCUGCGCACCCACCAGGAGACCAAGAAGGUCAAGAAGAUGGUCGACGGCGAGGAGCGCGAGGUCGACAAGCAAUGGACCUUCUUCGAGCUGAGCGGGUACGAGUACAUCAACUACUACGAGUACGAGAAGCUCACCUUGCAAAUCGGCUCCGGCCUGCGCAAGCUCGGCCUCGAGAAGUACGACCGCGUCCACGUCUACGCCGCGACGAGCCAGAACUGGCUCGCCAUGACCCACGGCGCCGGCACCCAGACCAUGCCCAUCGUCACCGCCUACGACACCCUCGGCCAGGAGGGCCUCAAGCACUCCAUGGUUGCCACCAAGGCCAAGUGCAUCUUCCUCGACCCUCACCUGCUGCCGACCCUGGGCAACGUGCUCAAGGACGCCACCGAGAUCAAGUUUGUCAUCUGGAACAACCAGAACCAGGCCAAGCAGGAGCACAUCGACCAGCUCAAGGCCUCGUACCCUCACAUCACAGUCAUGAACUUUGAGGAGCUCCGGAAGCUCGGCGAGGACAACAUGGUCGACCCCGUCCCGCCCCAGCCCGAGGACCUGUGCGGCAUCAUGUACACUUCUGGCUCGACCGGCACGCCCAAGGGUGUGCCGCUGAAGCACAAGUCCGUCGUCGCUGCCGUGGCUGGUGUCAGCGUCGUCGUGCAGCCCUUCAUCGGCCCCGGCGACGGCCUUCUGACCUACCUGCCCGCCGCCCACAUUCUCGAGUUCGUCUUCGAGAACGCCGCCAUCUUCUGGGGCGCCACCAUGGGCUACGGAAACCCCAAGACGCUGUCUGACAACUCGGUCCGGAACUGCAACGGCGACAUCAGGGAGUUCAAGCCGUCCAUCCUCGUCGGCGUCCCUGCCGUCUGGGAGACGGUCAAGAAGGGCAUCAUUUCCAAGGUUCACGCGGGCAGCCCCAUCGUGCGCUCGCUCUUCUGGAGCGCCCUGUGGGCCAAGAAUAGCCUGAUGAGCACAGGCCUGCCGGGCUCCGGCGUCCUCGACGCUGUCGUGUUCAAGAAGAUCAAGGAGGCCACCGGCGGCCGCCUGAAGCUCUGCAUGAACGGCGGCGGCCCCGUGGCCAAGGAGACGCAGCGCUUCAUCUCGAUGGCCAUCUGCCCCAUGAUCAUCGGCUACGGCCUGACCGAGACGACGGCCAUGGGCACGCUGCAGAACCCGCUCGAGUGGACGACGCAUGCCCACGGCGCCAUGCCCGCGUGCAUCGAGGCCAAGCUCGUCGACUUCCCCGACGCCGGCUACUACGCGACCAACAAGCCGCACCCCCAGGGCGAGGUCUGGCUGCGCGGCCCCUCGGUCAUGGACGGCUACUACAACGACGACAAGGAGACCAAGGAGGCCAUGACGGACGACGGCUGGUUCAAGACGGGCGACAUUGGCGAGUGGGACAACCACGGCCACCUCAAGCUCAUCGACCGCAAGAAGAACCUGAUCAAGACGCUCAACGGCGAGUACAUUGCGCUCGAGAAGCUCGAGUCCAUCUACCGCACCGCCCACGUCGUCGCCAACAUCUGCUGCUACGCCGACAACAACAAGUCCAAGCCCGUCGCCAUCAUCGUGCCCGCCGAGCCCGCCCUCAAGAAGCUCGCGCCCCCCGGCGCCGAGGACAAGACGCUCGAGCAGCUCGUCCACGACAAGAAGGUCCAGCUCGCCGUGCUCAAGGAGCUGCAGAACGUCGGCCGCGCCGGCGGCCUGUCGGGCAUCGAGAUCAUCGACGGCGUCGUCCUGUCGGACGAGGAGUGGACGCCCCAGAACGGCCUCGUCACUGCCGCCCAGAAGCUGAACCGCAGGGGCCUGCUGCACAAGUUCCAGAAGGAGGUCGACGCGGCCUACGCCGCCGCCGGAAACUAG